UUGCAGACGCUCGGCCGGUGUGAAAGCCUUCAGCAGCUGCAGCGUAAGAGAUUUUCAGCGUUUUCUCGCCACUGGGGGAGGGCAGUGUCUGCUGAACAGGCCAGCUAUGGAUACAGCAUAUAAAGCUCCCGUGUGCGGCAACAAAGUGGUGGAGUCGGGAGAGGCUUGUGACUGCGGUACCACCGAGGAAUGCCAGCGUGACCCAUGCUGCACCAUUGGCUGCAAGAUGAGGAGAGGGGUGCAGUGCCUGUCGGGACCGUGCUGUCGGAAAUGCAAGUUUGUGAAAAAAGGCACGUUAUGUAGAAGCAGCUCUGAGGAUGAGUGCGAGUUGAAGGAAUAUUGCAACGGCACCUCUGGGGAGUGCACACCUGACCUCUGGGUCAUGGAUGGGCAUCCCUGCAGCAGGAACACCGCCUUCUGCUACCGGGGAGUCUGCCAGACAGCCAACAAGCAGUGUCAGAAGGUCUUUGGACGAGGUGCCAAGAAUGGGCCCUUGGCCUGCUACGAAGAAAUCAACAGCCAAAGGGACAGAAUGGGACACUGCGGCUCCAAUCGCCACGGUUACCGGCAUUGUGCAUGGAAGGAUCUCCGCUGUGGGAAGCUCGUGUGUGAAUAUCUGGGCUCCAAGCCCUUUACCAAAGAGAAGGCUGCGGUGAUUUAUGCUCGGGUGCAGAACACGCUGUGUGUAACGUUAGACUACAUGAAGCCUCCCACGGAAAGGGACCCCAUGCUGGUGAACGAUGGCACCGUCUGUGAUGACCACAAAAUCUGCCUGAACCAGCAGUGUGUGCCUGCCACUGUCCUGAACUAUAAAUGUGAGAUGAAGACAAAGUGCCACGAUCAUGGUGUCUGCAAUAACCAAGGGAGCUGCCAUUGCCAUCCUGGCUGGAAACCACCAACUUGCCAGGAGAAAGCCGGGGCGAAGGGUGGGGGUAGCAGCAGCCCGUCUGGAGAUGCGGGUGUCGGAGUGCAGUCCAUGGCGAGCACCGCAGGGAGGACGUUGCAGUGCAGCACGGCGGUGGAGACGACCGCAGCCCCAGGCUUGGGAGCAAAGUGGCCCGCAGCCUAUGUCACGAUCACUGUGGAUGCCCACAGGGAUGGAGAUCAAUGUUUGCUGCGCGGCAAUGCCUUAUCGGCAACCUUUAAUCUUGUUUGCUCGGACCCUCUGUCCAUUGGGCAGCCAGGCCCCGGCUCCCCCCAGGACAAGGUACGCGACCGCGGCACACGGUGCUGGCUCAGCACAUACCGGGAGCGGGGCAGCCGGUGCGUCUCCGCCGAGCCAGAGCACGUCCCGACCCUACAGCCAGCGCCAGGCGAUGGAGGCUGGCGAAGGCACAGAGGAGACCCCGCUGCCUCUGGUGCUGACACGGUUUCAGCUCUCCGAGGAGUACGGCUUCCUUCUUCCCGAUCCUCUGGUAGGAGACGGCUGUGCCACCGCGUCUGCAUGCUACAGGAGACAGAGAACGGGAAAAUAGAGGGGUUGACAGAGCUGCCGGCGCCCUACGGUCCCUGGAUGGAGAUUGCCCAUGACCUGCCUCAGCUGAUCGCCAGCCAUCGGCUCCGCUCACAAGUUCACCAGAUGCCGCAGCUGAGCACCCGGCACCUCCGAGGGCAUGAGGAGCUGCACUUGGCGCAUCUGGUGCUCAGCUUCAUCACGAUGGGCUACCUCUGGCAGGAGGGCGAGGAGGGCACCAUGAAGGUCCUGCCCCAAAAUCUCGCUGUCCCCUUCUGGGAGGUCUCGCAGGCCCUCGGCCUCCCCCCCAUCCUCAGCCACACGGACUUUGUGUUGGCCAACUGGAGGAGGAAGAACCCCAACAGGCCUCUGGAAAUUGAGAACCUGGACACUAUCAUCUCGCUGCCCGGGGGAGAGAGCCUGCGAGGCUUCAUCCUCGUCACCCUCCUGGUUGAGAAGGCAGCUGUGCCUGGGAUUAAGGCAAUCAUUCAGGCCAUUCGUGCCAUCCUGCAGCUUGAUGAGGAGACCCUGCACAAAGCCCUGCAGGAGCUGGCAGAGGCCAUCGGGGACAUGAGCAAGGCUUUGAAACGGAUGCAUGACUAUGUGGAUCCAGCAGUAUUUUAUGCUGUGAUCCGGAUCUUUCUCUCCGGCUGGAAAGAUAACCCCGCCAUGCCGGACGGGUUGAUAUACGAAGGUGUAUCUGACGAGCCCAUGGCGUACUCGGGAGGGAGCGCGGCACAGAGCACCAUCCUUCACGCUUUUGAUGAGCUCCUGGGGAUUCGCCAUAGCGAGGAGAGCACUGCCUUCCUGCACAGGAUGAGGGACUACAUGCCCCCACCCCACAGAGCCUUUGUGGAGGAGAUCCACCGUGCCCCCUCCCUGAAGCAGCAUGUGCUCUCCUCUGGAGACGCACGGCUCUGCACGGCUUUCAACCGGUGCGUCUCAGCACUGGCAGAGUUCAGGUCCUACCACAUCACCAUUGUCACCAAGUACAUCACCGUUGCGGCGGCCAAAGCCAAGGCUGGGCAGGCAGACGCGGGUGACAGGGCUGGCCCCUCUGCGGUGAAGCCCCCGUCCGCGCUGGAGGCCAAAGGGACCGGCGGGUCCCACAUCUUCAGCUUCCUGAAGAGCGUCAGGGACACCACCAGGGAAGGGAUGAUAAGUGCCUGACUUGCCCUGAGGGUUUGCAAGGCACUGCUGAAAGCGGGUGCAGAAGGCCAAACGGCUCCAGCGCGUGUCUGCGGCGCACGAGCCAACAUCCGACCACAGCGACCUUCACCGAAAACCUCCUCUCAGCAGCACCCUUCCCGCUUGCAUGCAUCUGGGACAUGGGGAACGUGCUCUGGGUUGUCGAGGGAGGAGAGGACUGCUGCUGAUAACCCCCCAAAGGCACACAGUGAGCACAGCAUCCUUCCGCGGCACCGGGAUGGGCACAGCAUCCUUCCACGGCACUGGGAUGGGCACAGCAUCCUUCCAUGGCACUGGGAUCAGCACAGCAUCCUUCCACAGCACCGGGAUGGGCACAGCAUCUUUCCACGGCACCGGGAUGGGCACAGCAUCCUUCCACGGCACUGGGAUGGGCACAGCAUCCUUCCACAGCACCGGGAUGGGCACAGCAUCCUUCCAUGGUACUGGGAUCAGCACAGCAUCCUUCCACGGUACCGGGAUGGGCACAGCAUCCUUCCACGGCACCGGGAUAGGCACAGCAUCCUUCCACAGCACUGGGAUGGGCCCAGCAUCCUUCCAUGGCACCGGGAUGGGCACAGCAUCCCUCUCUGGCACCGGGAAUUGCUGUGUCCCUCCAAGCCCUGCUUGCUGCACCCCCCCAGGCUCUCUCUCUGCGACCCCCCCCGGGGGUCGGGGCUGCCGCUCCGCUGCGGGGACCGCAGAGGGGGGCUGGAGGUGGCUUGGGGUUCCGCGACCCUAAUAAAGCAGCGGUUCCCAAACCCA